GUAGAAAAUUCAUCGGAGGCGACUUGAGCUCCGAUCGCACUAUUUCGCGACGAACUCGCUCCAGCGAUUGUUUCUGUUCAUCCGAUUAAGAUGAACGGAGGUCCUUCCGGUUUCAAUAAUGCUCCGGUCACGAAAGCCUUCGUCAUCGCGACUGCCCUUUUCACUGUGUUCUUCGGGAUCCGGGGAGGUUCUUCCAAGCUCGGUUUGUCUUACCAGGAUAUUUUUGAGAAGUUUCGGAUUUGGAAGUUAAUUAUAUCGGCGUUUGCAUUCUCGUCCACAACAGAAUUGUUUUCUGGCUUGUAUCUGCUGUACUUCUUCCGAGUCUUUGAGAGACAGAUUGGUUCAAAUAAGUAUUCGGUUUUCAUCUUAUUCUCUGGAUUUGUAUCACUAAUACUAGAGACCAUUUUGUUAUCACUGACUAAAGAUCCUACUGCAAACCUACUGACAUCUGGACCAUACGCUCUUGUAUUUGCUUCUUUUGUACCCUUCUUCUUGGACAUUCCAGUUACAAAGAGGUUUGGUGUAUUGGGCGUCCACUUCUCUGAUAAAUCAUUCAUAUAUCUUGCUGGUGUCCAGCUUUUACUAUCAUCUUGGAAAAGAUCCAUCUUAACUGGAAUUUGUGGCAUAAUUGCUGGUUCCUUGUAUCGGUUGAAUAUCUUUGGUAUUCGCAAGGCAAAGUUUCCGGAGUUCAUGGCUUCAUUAUUCUCCCGGUUUUCCUUACCCUCCUUGAGCAGCCAAUCUCAACCACCAAGAAGGACAUCACCCAACUUAGGUCGCCAAGCAGUGAGAGCUUAUCGAGCCCCAAUUCCAUCAACUACAGAGCCAUCUGAGGAAGCCAUAGCUACUUUGGUAUCUAUGGGAUUUGACCAGAACGCAGCGAGACAGGCCCUUGUACACGCCAGAAAUGAUAUCAACGCUGCCACCAAUAUCCUUCUUGAAGCACACUCUCACUAAACCUUUACUAGGAAGUUUCAGAAACAUUGUUGAUUCGAGAUGAAGACAUUGUACAACACAAGAGGUAUUCUUCUGCUGCGUUCUAACAACGGAAAUGGCCUUGCCUUACGAUAAUAUGUCCAGCGAAUGAUCUGAUUUACAUCCUCUUUUUCUUUCUUUUAGGUUUUCUUUUUGUUUCGCGUUGUAGUUUUAGAACAAAGUGCCUAGGUUAUGUUUAUGUAAAGUACAGAUUUGAAAGAAACAUGGAGAGGCUUAUCUGAUUAAACCUUCAGGGAUUAA